UACUGAUUUUUUUCACACAUUAUUGGCAUACCAUUUCAUACUCUACCAUGCUCUCAUCAUGCCCUGUUAGCCAUGAACUCUCACCCUUAUUCGGCGAUAACGAUGCUAGUUCCAAAGUCGAGUGCCACUUUUCCAUCGUCGUCGAGAAAGGGAAACGGCCAGACAAGGACGGGUUUAUCGUCUCAGUCUCUGCGGCUGAUACAGAUUUAGCGAUGCUCCGCGCCAAUAUCGCCCAACGCUCAACCGGAAUUACCAUGCUCCCCGAGGCGGUUGCAUUUGAGGAUGAGGAAGGCAACGAAAUCGUGUCAAUUGACCAGGUUCAACGAGCGAGAGUUGUGUAUCUCACCACACCUAUUGCGGGACUUGAAGCGCCUGUGGUUCGAGGCUAUCCAAUUUUUGGUAUUGCGCCUAUGCUCUUUAGUGAUAUGCGUCAGCAGUCCAUAUCCUACUUUGACAGGUAUGGCGAUACCUUUUCUUACUACCUGCUCGGUGUGAAAGGGUAUUAUACUCGCGAUUUGGCAGUCACCAAUGCGACUAUCAAUGACAGCGAAUAUUUUGAAAAAUCAAUGGGCUAUCCAUGGUCCGAGCUCCACGAGCUGGGUGGAAAUGGGCUGAUUACCUCGUCGUCGGACGACCCGGACUGGAAACUGGCACACCGUCUGCUUGUUCCUGCAUUCUCAGCUAGCGCUAUGAACGUUUACGGUCACAAGAUGGCAGAGAUUUCUGAGCAGGCAUGCGAGUGGCUCGACAGCCAUAUUGGCGAGCCAAUUGAGAUGUUCAACUUUGCCACCAGCGUUACAUUCCAGAUUAUUGCCAGGAUUGGGUUUGGCUUUGACUUCAACCUGCUCGACCCAGCUGGCACUGGUCAGCACCCGUUCACGGAGGGCAUGGACUAUUGCCUGAAACAGAUGCUUGUUCGUUUUAUUCUCACCCCGCUGUGGAAGUAUCUGCCUAUUGCUGCGAACCGCAAAUUUGCUGAGCACAUGCGCAACAUGCGGGCCACGGUACAGCAGGUUAUCGAUGAGCGCCGCACCUCGCCAGAUGCUGCAAGUAUGAAGAAAGAUCUACUUGGGUUUAUGCUUAAUGCUCGUGCACCAAACGAAGACGGUAACCUAGUUGGGCUCAGCGACCGACUUAUCCAGGAGGAGAUUAUCACAUUUGGGAUAGCAGGCACAGAAACCAGCAGUUCGACUAUAUCUUUCGCUUUGCAGCUCCUGGAUAAGCACCGCGAUGUUCAGCAUCGGGCGCUACAGGAGCUCGCUGCCGCUGGGAUCACUGCAGACACGCCGCCGACAAUUCAGCAAACUAACAAGCUGACCUAUCUGACGCAGAUUAUCAACGAGACACUGCGCCUAUUUCCACCAGUGCCAGUGUUGCUCCGCAAAUGCAAAAAAGACUAUAUUUUGCCUGGCGGUAUCAUUAUCCGCAAAGGCGACCAGUUACGCAUUUAUGUGUGGGGUUUGCACAGGGAUCCGAAGGUAUUUCCGGAUCCACUCAAAUUUGACCCAAACCGCUUUUCGCCUGAGAAUAUCAAGAACAUCAAGCCCGGCUCGUGGGUCCCGUUUGUUUCUGGCAGCCGUGCUUGCCUUGGUCGCCAGUUCGCAAUGAUGGAACUGCGGGCUGUGCUAGCUCGCUUGUUGUCGAGAUACGAGUUUCAUGUUGUAGGAAACGACGAACCCCGCUAUCAUCCAGCUAAACUUACCACAAGCCCAAUGAACCUCUUCAUGACUGUCCAGAAGCGCACAAGCCUUCCAGAUGCCAACACUCCAAUAGCAACAGACGCUGGUGGUAACAAUGAUAAUUACACCGUCGAGCAUCCCGCUCUGCACCCACUUACGCACACGGUCUCUGCUGACAAGCUGCCGCGUACGUUCGUUGUGUAUGGAUCAAACAUGGGCACCAGCGAGGACUAUGCGACGCAGAUAACCGGGCAGCUGAGGCGCAUGGGAUUUGCUGACAUUACACUGCUGCCGCUGGAUGACUGGGACUUUGCUUCAAUGCAGUCUGCCGAUGGUAGGCGCUCUCUGGUUGUGGCUAUUACCAGUACGUACAACGGAAUGCCGCCCGACAACGCCAGAAACUUUGCCAAGCUGCUCGACCAGGGGACCCGCACCGAUAUCCUCAAGGACGUCGAUUUUGUACUGUUUGGCUGCGGCAACUCGCUCUGGCACACGUUCCUGAAGUUCCCGCGCCAUCUGUACCAGCGCUUUGUUGAGCUUGGUGCCACGCCGCUGACUGAGUUCACGGCAGGAGAUUCCAACGACGAUCUUGACGAUGAGUUUAUGAAGUGGUCACUCCAGGUCGGAAUGAUUGUAACUGGGCACUACAGCUCCAGUGUCGACGCCUACAUUGACGUCGCCACGAGCAUGUUAUCAGAAAAUUAGUUGAGCCUUUCUUGUCCUUUUUCUUUGUCCCGGCCUCUACACAAUUUGUAAUCAGCCUAUCCUCCCGACUGGCCUCCUUUACAUACCUUGCUCUGACUUUCUAGGGCUUAUUGAAAUACAUACGGCCUGCAACUUACAAUACAUUUUGUUCUUAGGUGCUGCUACCCAUCCUCCUUCAAACACCU